UGCCCCCCUUGAUCAAUUGCUUUGGAGCUACGACGCCUCGCGACGCGGUGUUGGAGCUAUUGCAUAUAACCGCGCCUUCACGAACAUCCACAAACCUAUAGCAAGAAUAUCACCAUGUCACUGACCGAUCGAGAAAAAUCACAACUUCGAAGCGCUCUACAGGAAGCGGUCACGAAGUGCUCAGAAAGAUGUCUUUACCAAUCAUCAAAAUGGGCAGCUGAGCUUCUCAACGCUAUCCCCGAAGCCGAAGCAUCGCCUGACGACUCACAACUUUCCGAUGUUUCUGCAAAUGCGUCGACAAUACUGGCACCGAAUGUAGACCCCGACGAAGCUUUAUUAGAGGCCAAGGAGAUCAACAAGUUUCUCUUAGCUAAGUCUUUCUUCGAUUGUCGUGAAUAUGAUCGAUGUGCCGCCGUCUUCUUGCCCGACUCCAUACUAGCUGGCAUCGUAACUUCCAAAGAGCCCAAAAAUGUGACCCCAAAGGGCAAAGGAAAAGGAAAGGUUGCCACUGGCACUCCCAAAGUCCCCAGUGCAACAUCCUUACCAGUCCUGAGCCAACGAAGUUUGUUUCUUGCCCUAUACGCCAAAUAUCUAUCUGGGGAGAAACGAAAAGAUGAAGACACCGAGAUGGUAAUGGGACCGCAAGACAUUGGCACUUGUGUCAAUAAGCAAUUACGGACCGUGAGCCGCAUUCUCGAAACCUGGUUUGAUCUACGAAAGACAGACGAUGAUGACGUGAUCGAAGGAAGCCAAGGGUGGCUCGAGUAUCUCUAUGGAUUGGUCCUUUCCAAGGAGAAGAACGAAGACUUAGCAAUGUACUGGCUGAUUCGCAGCGUACACCUAUUCCCAAUGAAUUGGGGUGCCUGGUUGGAGAUGACUUCACUCAUUUCGCGAGUGGAAGACUUAAAUCGAGUAAUGCCUCGAUUGCCACAAAACAUCGUCUCUUUCAUGUUCCAUAUUCACACCUCUCUUGAACUAUACCAGCACGACGCUACCCUCGCCACCUCGCUCGAUCAACUACUACACAUAUUCCCGACGUCAUCUUUCCUUCUCACCUGCGACGCGCUACUCUCUUAUCAUGCGAAAGAUCUCGUUGCAGCCGAGCAACACUUCAGUCGAAUUCUUUCUUUACACCCACACCGACUUGAUUCCCUCGACCACUAUUCUAACAUACUCUACGUCAUGAACUCACGACCGAAACUUGCAUUUUUAGCACACUUAUGUAGUAGUGUCGAUAAAUUUCGGCCGGAGUCAUGUGUGGUCAUUGGCAACUACUACUCACUAUUGUCUCUACACGAAAAGGCCGUCCAAUACUUCCGACGAGCAUUGAUGCUGGAUCGUUCUUGCUUAUCAGCUUGGACGCUAAUGGGGCAUGAGUACGUCGAACUUAAGAAUACGCACGCUGCUAUUGAGUCGUACCGCCGGGCUGUAGAUGUUAACCGAAGAGAUUAUCGCGCAUGGUAUGGAUUAGGACAGACGUACGAAGUGCUGGAAAUGCACACGUAUGCACUGUGGUAUUUCAAGAAGGCGGCCGGGCUCAGACCGUGGGAUGGGAAAAUGUGGAUGGCUGUUGGUUCAUGCCUCCAGCGUAUGAAUCGAAACCAGGAUGGAAUCAAGGCACUCAAGCGGGCAUUGCUUGCCGAGAGUUACUAUGAUUCGGGUAGCAGUUUCGGCAGCGGCGAAACACCGGGUAGCAUCCGAGGUGCGCACAUGGAUCCGGAGAUUUUACUACAGAUCGCGAGUAUGUAUGACAGCAUUGGCGAGGAAGAAGACGCCAAGGCAUACAUGGAGAUGUGUGUGGCACAGGAGGAUGGCGGGGCGGGCGAGAGCCAGGGCGAGAGUAUCGCGAUCCAUAACGACUCUCCGGGCGAUGGAUCAGAUGAUGAAGGUGACCAUGGAAGACGCGGAGAGGGGGGUACGGGGGUUACGGCUGCCACGAGCAAAGCCCGAAUGUGGCUUGCACGCUAUGCAAUGAGGACCGAAGACUACGAUACGGCGAACCGCCUAGCGAGCGAACUAUGCCAAGAUGGUGUCGAAGUCGAGGAGGCGAAAGCACUUAUACGAGAAGUUAGGUCCCGGAUGAAGGCUAAUGGGCCAGGUGAGCCAUCUGAAGGAUAACUUAAUAAGUAUUGAUGGUGACUGGUGUAUGAGGAACUGAGAUGAUUGGAAGCUAAUGAUUCGAAUACGAAUUACGAUAUCCAUGAACAUUAAUGAAAUCACUAUACUGAGGACAUAAGGCCGAACUUUAUACGGGGGGUUAAAUUUUGCCUCUUUUUACGAAUCAUACAGCCUUCAAAUCUCUGCGGCUUCUUGGGGGAGGCUUAUAUAAUGUGAGAUCUUAUGGUCGUAAAUGGGUCUCAGCCGUUUUUAAAAACUUAAGCGACUCAACGAACUGCUCACAGCAACGUAACAUGUACACGCCACGACUCCAUGGGUAUGGCAUCAAAACUGCCUACCUAAGUAACCUACGAGAAGAGGUUGAUUACCAACUUUAUACUCUCGGUGCAAACUUCUCGUAUUUAAAGACCCAGGUAA